ACUCGGGAGGGUUGGUACGUCUGUCAGUCAGCUGUAGUAGAGAGGGGGAAGAUGUCGAAUUCCUCUUCCUUUUCCUCUUUUUUCCGUGUUUUUACGCCGCGCAGGUGAAGGAAAUCAAGAGGAACAAGAGGCGAGGUGUCCAUGGAAGAGGUAGACAAGAGGACAUAAAGAGAGAGAGGACGGGACGGCUGUAAUAAGGCGUUGAAGUAUUACUAUGUUCUUAUAAUGAUGGAAGGAGAGAACAAUUUUUUGGACACUCAGUACAAUGGGGCCAGGUUGUCGGGGCAGGGAGCAGGCAUGCCUCGAUCACCCAGGGCAGAGAAGGCCCGGGAGAAAAGGUCAGACCGGGACUUCAUCUUCGGGAAACUCAUCGGGGAAGGGAGCUUUUCAAGUGUCUACCUGGCAAAGGACAUUCACACUAGUCAGGAGUAUGCAGUCAAGGUAUGCGACAAGGAACACAUCCGGAGGGAGAGGAAGGUCCAGCAGAUCAUCCGAGAGAAGGACGUCAUGAACAUCCUCAAUGAUCGAUGGUGCGUGACGGCCCCCUUCUUCGUCAAGCUGUCCUAUGCCUUCCAGGACGUCGCCAAGCUUUAUUUCGUGAUGACCUAUUGCAAAAAUGGCGAGCUUCUCAACCUCAUUCAGCGGGUUGGCAAUUUUGACCGCGAGGGUGCCCGCUUCUACGCUGCCGAGAUGGUGCGCGCCCUGGAACACCUGCACUCCCUAAGCAUCAUUCACAGGGACUUGAAACCAGAGAACAUCUUGCUUGACGAACAAAUGCACAUCAAAAUUACAGACUUCGGUUGCGCCAAGAUCCUGUCCGCCGAGGAAGUGGAAGAGGCAACCGGACCAGAGGAGCCGGCCAGAGGAGGAGGAGGAGGAGGAGGCGGCCGCAAGAGCAGUUUCGUCGGCACAGCGCAGUACGUUUCGCCCGAGCUUCUGAGCGGAAAACCGUGCGGCCCAAUGGCGGACAUCUGGGCCCUCGGGUGUAUUCUCUACCAAAUGGUGUCCGGGCUGCCCCCCUUCAGAUCAAAGAGCGAGUAUUUCAUCUACCAGAAGAUUCAGAAACUUGAAUAUGAGUUUCCACCGGGCUUCUGCAACGAUUCGCGGGACCUGGUGACCAAGCUUCUGGUCAUCGAGCCGGAGCAGAGGCUUGGCGCACAUGACCCCCCCGGAAGGUACACAGCGCUAAGGUCACACCCCCUCUUCAGUGACCUUGACCUUGAUGACAUGCAGAACAGGAAGCCCCCCAAGAUUGCCCCCUUCCUCUCACAGGGGGAUGAGGAGAUCCACUGGGACAAGAACCUUCCCGGCCUGAACUCCAUUGAACUUCAGCUUGAACUUGGCCUGGCUCUGAGGGACACUGUGGAAGAGGAGGAGGAGGAGGGGAAGAACGCCUCCUCUCCCUCCUCCUCCUCCUCCUCCUCCUUCUCCAAGAAUAUGGGGAAGAAGCGGAGGAACCUGGCGGAUGUAUCGGAGGAGGAGCGAGUCUUGCGGAUGGUGGAGCAGAAGACGAACAAGUGGAACAAAUUUGUGGAGGGGAACCUCAUCCUGAAGCAGGGGCUCAUGGACAAGCGGAAGGGGCUGUUCCCACGGCGACGUAUGUUCCUGCUGACCAGUGGACCGCACCUGUAUUACAUCGACCCGGUUAACCUGGUCCUGAAGGGUCAGAUUCCCUGGUCUUCCACGCUGGCCACCGAGGCGAAGAACUUCAAAACAUUCUUCGUGCACACUCCCAACAGGACCUACUACCUUGAAGAGCCUAAUGGAUUUGCCCUCGAAUGGUGCAAGGCGAUUGAAGAGGUCAAGGCCUUCUACUUCCCUACUUCUACUACUACUACUACUACUACUACUACCACUGGGGCGAGAACCUGAUGGGAUUGUGGUAGUUGUGGUAGUGUGUGUGUGUGUGUGUGUGUGUGUGUCUGUGUGUGUGUGUGUGUCUGUGUUUGUGUGUCUGUCUGUGUGUGUGUGUGUGUGUGUGUGUGUUCGAUCUUUCUUCCUCUCUCUCUCUGUCUCUCUCUCUCUCUCUCUCUCUCUCUCUCUCUCUCUCUCUCUCUCUCGCUCGCUCUCUCUUCUUCUUCCUCCUCUUUUUCUAGUUGAUAUGUAAGUUAAUGUUAAAAUCCUCCUCCUCCUCUUCCUCCUCCUCCUCCUCCUCCCCCUCCUCCUCCUCCUCUUCCUCCAGGCCCUGGUUGGCUUUGAGAAGGAAGAAGAACUGUGAUUUGUGUGUGUGUGUGUGUGUGUGUGUGUGUGUGUGUGUGUGUGUGUUUUGUUUGUUUUUGUGUGUUUCUCUCUCUCUCUCUCUCUCUCUCUCUCUCUCUCUCUCUCUCUCUCUCUCUCUCUCUCUCUCUUAGUCAGUGGAAGUGAGUAAUGAUUUUUUUUAUUAUUAUUAUUAUUAUUGUUAUUUCCAUGUGUGUGUGUGUGUGUGUGUGCGUGCGUGCAUGUGCGUAGUCAAGAGACGCGUACAUACCUACAUGCGUACAUAAUAAAUAUAUAUAACCGCGUACAUAGCGACGAAAUAGACAAGACUUUAGUACACAUGAGAUUGCGCGCACAUGAGUGAAUGGAAAAGCGUACAUGACCGUGUGUGUGUGUGUGUGUGUGUGUGUGUGUGUGUGUGUGUGUGUGUAAAGUAGAAAAAUAAAAAUAGAAAAAAUAUGAUGAUUUAUUUUUGUAUUUAUAUCUUUAUUUAAAAACUCUCUCUCUCUCUCUCUCUCUCUCUCUCUCUCUCUCUCAUUGAAGCUUGAGAGAGAGAGAGAGAGAGAGAACACCUAUGCAAAACAAACAUGAUCAUUGAAAUAUAAAAAAAACUAUUAUUAUUAUUAUUAUUAUUAUUAUUAUUAUUAUUAUUAUUAUUAUUAUUAUUAUUAUUAUUAUUAUUAUUAUUAUUAUUAUUAUUAUUAUUAUUAUUAUUAUUAUUAUCAUCAUCGUCGGUGUUUGUGUGUUCGUUUGUUUGUUAUUUAAGCGGCGGGCGUCUGUGUCUGUCUGUGUGUCUGGUGUUUCAUUCUCUUUAUUAUUAAGUUAGAAGAAAUAACGUUAAAUAAAGAUGUGAAGAAUA